ACCUAUCGCCGAGAGCAGCCUGAUGCCCGUUAUGUGGGUACCUCUCUAAUCACUACUUUACGGUAGUAUGCAAGGCGAAUUAAAGUGUUCCAAGCGACAGGUGAAUUGGUCGAAGCUGAUAGAUCCUAAUAUCCCCUCUUUGACAAUUGAGACCAGACCGACCAGACUCUUUGCUUAUGCUUCGAAUUCUUCCGACAAAGAACCACCUGAUUUUCAUCUUGAAAACAUCUCUAGUCGCUCUCGAUGAUGAUGAUCAUUGCCAGUCGGCCAUCCAGUUGGCAGAUCUUCCAGCUGAUCUUCGUGAUCUGUUGCUGCUUUAUUGCUGGCAGCAAUGCUGUACCAUUUAGAGUGCACAGCAUCCGGCACGAUGAUGGACAUGUGAAAGAGAGGCGGCUGCAAGAGGACGGGUUGACACCAAAGGAGAAGAUGUAUUUAUAUAAAGACGCUGAGUUUGCAGGGACAAUCAAUGAGAAUGAAAACGACCAAGAUGACUAUUACAGUUUAUCCGAUUCAGAUUAUUCAGGUCUGGAUUUAUCCGAGGAGAUAAUUGAACCGGAUCUGCCGAAAAUACCUAAGGGAAAACCAAGCGAUAAAAAAAGUAAUAGUACGAAACGUGAUCCAGUAGAAGAUUUAAUUGCAUCUGCAAUAAAUAUCAGUUGUAAUUCAGCUACGAAAAAAAAUCAAAGAUUGUCCAGCAGCUUUAUUGAUCUUUCUGCACGUCGCGGCAUGGCUGAUCGUCACGAUGAAAUGGAGGCUAAGAUCAUGAGGAGCGUCCACGUAGGUGAAGAUGUUACUCUUUGUUGGAUCGAGACUACCACUAUCAAAGAAAAUACGAGUGUAGUGCCACCAGUACGAUUGGUAAUUAGAGAGUAUACGAUAUCCUUUGAGAAUUCCGCAACUAUUCCCAAUCCUUAUCUGGAGUGCUCCAGAUUACCGGGUGAGAUCGAACCUGGUAUUGGAAAUGACAAAAAUCUUGGGAAAAAAGGUCUUUUUGAAAUAAUUGACGAAGAUACUAAAAAGAGUCGUAUGGUCAAUUUUACCAUUGUCGAUCACGAAGGUGAAAUUGUGAUUUGGAAGCAUAAGCGAGUUCAGUGUGGGGUUGGUUCUGUUGUCACAAAAAGUAUUCUUGAAUGGUCCAGUGAUAGUGCACAGAAUCCUAAAAAGAGGGUUGAAAUCAAGGUCAGUCCAAAAUUAUAUGGAUUUAGUGUUCGAUCGCAGCCUCCAACUACCACCGCCAGGCCUGCCCUUAUGAAUUCGACUGGUUUUGAUCUUACUGCUGUUCCCUCUUUGACAACUGAAAAAUCAUCAAAUGAUGAUUUAUCGCCAAUAAUCAGGAGUACUGCUGAAACCAUUGUUGAUACUACGACAGAUGCUAGUACCACAAUUGAUACUAAUACUGAAACUAGUACCACUGUCACUGAGUGCUGUAACACCGAUCAAACUGAAGAUGCUGAAUCUACUGAACCUACUGAACCAACCGAACCUACCGAACUCACCGUGUCACCAACAACGACAGAAAAUUUGGAAGAACAUUGUAAACCUGGCGAAACAUGCGAAAUAUCCUCCGAAUCAGUCUCAAGCACAGAGUCUUCUACUCACGAUCAGAAAAUCACAUUAAAUGGUUCGGACGAAUCCUGUUCUGCCACCAGUUCUGAAUACUGCGAAACAUCUGAUGAGGUAAUGUUUGAGGACGGGAUUUCAUUUAAAAUAAACGAUACGGUAACAACAAGAGACAAACCUCAGACAGGUGAUCAGGUCGUGAAAUUAUCGACUACUUUUAGCACGGUUCCACCAUCAACAGACUCCAAACUUAGCUUUGCCUCAGAAGACGGCAGUGUUAUUACUACUACUGAAAGUUUAGCUCAGUCAACUGUAGUGUUAACAGAAGGUACUACCUUAAAGGACGAUAUGAAUUUAGCAACAUCUGGAUUAAGAAAAAAUUGUAUAGAUGACAAUUGCCACACGACGACAGAAAUAAACAACGUUGAAGAUGAAACAUUAUUAACGACAGUAUUGACAGAAGAGACGGGUACAGAAGAAGCAGAAACAAAUAUAUUAAUAACAGACUCAAUACCAACAACAAUGGAAAGUCGUCGUAGUACAAUACCCACGCCGCAAACAGGUAUAACAACAACCGAUACUAGUUCCGUUCAUAGCAAUCUAACUGUCAGUACAGAAACCAAGCACCGAUUGGUCCUCAAAAUUAAAGUGACACUGGAGCACGUAAACGAGCGCAUGGAGAAGCAGAAUCUGAUUGAAGUAGAAAAAAAUCUUCUUUUGCAUGAAGAUCCACGUGAACAUAGCAACAACUCAAUCAUGAGCCAAGUUCGAGCGUUGAAUGACAGUAUCAGUUUUCAAAAGUUGCAGACUCUCUUUAAUUGCUCUUCACUUGAGAAAUUGAACAAACGCAUCUCCAAGUGGGCGGUGGCUCAUUACUCCACGUCAUUGUCUGAAGAUCAAUUGGCAACAACUUCUGCAUCAGAAUUAUUGAACGAGACAAGCAGUCAGCGGCGAAAAAAAAGAGCGCUUGAUAACAAUGCAAAUGAAGAUCUUCGCACGGGUAUUGACAGGUUACUUGAUUCAUCGCUGACACAGGAAGGAAGAAAGAAUUUAAGUCGUGCUAAAGAAGAAAGACCAAAAAGGCUGGACGACAACUAUCGUGUACUGCGACGAUGGACUCGAGAAACUUUAGCGAAAAGCUCUGAUGGUUCGGCUGGAUUGAACACGCUUACCGAGUUCAGCAUUUACGCACCACGUUAAGAAUUUUAUUAAAAUAUAAUUCAGUACUUGUGUUACAUUCAAAAUUAUUCGAAAAAAAACUUCGCCCCAUUUAAAAUUAGUAAUAGAAUAUAAAAUGGAAACUA